AUGACCUACAGCCUGAAAGUUUUGUUAAGUUUGCUAUUUCUUUACACAGCCGCAGUCAAUGCGGGUGUAAUCGGUAUAUUCAACGCUCUUCCCCCACCAAACACCAAACCAAUCAAUGGCGAAUCUCCACUUUACCAAUGUGAUAUUCUAGACAAACAACUUUUGGAAAUCAAAGAGGUCAAUUUGAACCCUAACCCCCCUGUUCGUGGCGAAAAUUUAACCAUUUCUGCCAACGGUGAGGUCUUUGAAACUAUAGAAGAAGGGGCCUAUAUCGACGUUGAAGUUCGUCUAGGUUACAUCAGAUUGCUAUCCCAGACUUUUGAUUUGUGCCAAACUUUGGAAGAUAACGAUAUCGAAGGCUUAUCUUGCCCGAUUGAACCGGGUGUAUACGACAUUAAGAAAAUUGUUGAAAUUCCAGGCGAAGUUCCACCUGGUAAAUAUGUUGUGGUAGCAAGAGCUUACACUGAAAGCGAUGACCUGAUCACUUGCUUAACCGGAGAAGUCAUUUUCCCACCAAGGUGA